GGCAAGGCAGCUCAGACCAAGGGAGCAGAGCAGCCCGCAAAGGGCAAGCCAGCUCCAGCAGGCAAGUCCGGAAAAGGAAAGCCUGCGACCCAGGAGCCCACUCAAGGUCCUGGGAAGAAGAAGAAGAAGAAGAACCACCGAGGUGGUCGUUCGCAAGCGGCCCGCGCGAACCCCGAGGCCCGAGGCGCCGAGAGGCGCGAAAGAAAGGGUACAGACCCGGUCGUCCUCGUAGAGGGCCCGGGGACUGUUAUCCCAGAGCCGCGCACUCCGGCGGAAAACCCCGCGGGUGCCGGCCAGGGAGGUGCAGAGCCCAGCUCCGAAUCCUCCUUGGACACCGCACCGCCCAAGGUGCCAGUCUUCACAGGCCCCGUGCCUGGGGAAGACACUCCAGACUUCGGCGGAAGCGACUCCGAAGGAGAGCGGGAGGAGCCGGCAGAGCGGGUCACCUCGCCUGCCUCCGCAGAGGCGGCCGCAGAGCCAGCCGAGGAGGGAAACCCGGAGCUGGCGGAACAGUACGGAGAAGCCCUGACCUUGCUGGACGAGAUCAGCCAGGCCGACCCCGUGGUCGAGGCCCUGCGCGGGGAAGUGGCGAGCGGUGGAGGGCACUUGCUCAAAAGCACGCGGCUCCCUACCGCCUUUAAGGGGUGUCCAGCAGAGCUGGAGGUGGCUCGAAAGUGCAAGGUGCCACUCCAGAUGGCCGCCAUGACCGAAGAAGUGCGGACCAUGAGUGUCCGCCUCUUUGGCAUGCUGGGCAGCUGGACCCAGGACUCCGCCACAGCUGUAAAGCUGGCGCGCGGAGUGAAAGGCCUCGAGCUCUGGCGUCUCCUGUGGCAGGAGCACAACCCAGAGAACGAGUCCAAGAACCUCACCUGGAGGCGGACCCUGCUGAUGCCCAAGUUCCCGCCAAAGGAGAGCGACUUCUCCUUGGCUCUGCAGGAAUGGGAGGCAGAUGUGGACCGCUAUGCCUCCGAGUAUGGCGCAGGGCGCGCCCUAGCAGACGAAGAUCUGCGGGCAGUGCUGGUGACCGAGAGCCCCAACGCUCUCCGGCAACACCUCGCUAUGCACGUGGCGAGUCUUUCGACUUAUGCUGAGGUGAGGGAAGUAGUGGUGAGCUACUUGCAAGCCAAAAGGGUCUGGACCCCGAGUGCGGGCUACGCCGCCUCUUCCCGAAGGGACCCUAACGCCAUGGACAUUGGCCGAAUAGGGGACCGAGACGGAAAAGAAGGGAAGGGCAAAGGCGACAAAGGCAACAAAGGAAAGGGGGACAAGGACCACAAGAAGGGCAAGGGCGACCACGACAACAAGGGCAAGAAAGGGGACAAAAAGGGGAACCAGCAAGGAGGCAGAGACGGCAAAGAGAGAUGCCCUAUCUGCUGGAAGACGGGGCAUACCGUCAAGGAGUGCUGGUUUAACGCCAAGGGAAAGGGCAAGGGCAACAAAGGCCAGGUGGCCCAAGUGGCCGACGACGCGGCCACGACGUUGUCAACAGCCUCCUUGGCGACUGCGGGCCCCUCCGCGUCCCAAGCUGGAGGAAGCACUGGCGGCUCUGGCGGCAAAGGCCAGGUGCGCCAGGAGGACAAAAUCCUCAAGGUGUCGGGGAAUCUUCUCGUGGACUCCGGGGCGUGUGUGUCCGUUUGCAGGCCCGAGGCGUUUCCCGACCUGCAGCCCGCGGGCCCACCAAAGAGCCUUUACUCGGUGGACAACAGCCGCCUGAAGACAAAGGGCCGUGUCGCUCCCGCCGGGGUCAACAAACCGGGUGGCUCCGGUGGCGGCAGACCGAGCCCAGGCCGAGACCUGGGACACUACGAGUACAUCCCGGAACAUGACCUCGAAGCUCGGGAGGUGGAGGACACGGAGCGUCAGGCGACUCCCGGCCGAGACCCGGCACCAGACGGCAGCCGUUCUCAAAGCGAGGUGGAGCGGCUAGAACCGCCCGGUGAGCCCUGGCUCUUCAACGACGAGCCGCGGCCCGACGACGAGGCCCUCCUUGUGGAAGGGGCCGAACAGGCCAGCAGGCUCCCCGACGCUAGCCCCACCGAGGAGCUAGCUAACGCAGAUAUACCGGACUACGAGCCGUCCGACGUGGAGGCAGCACCUGCCGCAGCAAGCGCGCUGCCGCAACAAGCGGCAAGCCCCGCCCCAGCCGCCAACGACGGCUCAGGCGAAGGGGGGCGCGACUCUGCGGGUUCCUCCGCGAGCGCAGCGGCAGCACAGCAGCCGCCUGCAGCAAAGAGCCCCACGGAGCCCAAGAAGGCACCGCGGCUAGGAGCGCUCACGGAGCGCGAGGUGUGGCAGCACAUCGCUGCCUUAGCCGACCCGCCGCUCACCAACCACCAAGGUGAGCGGGACGCGUGGGUUGGGCAGGUGACAGACCUGCUAGACCGCAUGCUCGACCCCAAGCAGGUCGAGCAAGCACGCAAGGAGCAGCUGAGAAAGCUGUGGGACCGAGGGCAAAGUGGGUGUGUGUUUCUAGACCGCCGGUCCGGCCUGAUCCUUCUCCACCAUAUCGACGACAUCCGUGUCGCAGGCCCCAAGGCCGCAGUGCUGAAGUUCACUGAGCUGGACCUGCCACAGCACUGUGAGAUAACGGUGGGAGAACUGGAAGAGCCGGGCACAGCGGUGGAGGUCCUAGGACUAGGAAGGACCAAGGUGCGCACUGAGGACUCUAUCCUCACGCUGCCCGACAGCAAGCACGCAGAGAAUGUGUGCGAGCAGCUGGGCAUCGGGCCAAAAGACAAGGGGCCCGUGCCUAGCAAACCUCUAGACCUGACCAAGGUCGAGGAGCUCUCUGCGGGUGACGCCGCGAGGUUCCGCAGCGCUGUGGGUAGUGCCAUCUGCCUUGCUGCGGAAACCCUCGCGCGAUACCUGCGGGCAACCCCGCGGUUUGGAAGAGUGGUUGUGCUGGACCCCACGUCCAAGAGCACAGCCCUUCUGAACCUGGAGGUCUACUCAGACUCCGACUGGGCAGGGUGCCCAGAGACGAGAAGGAGCACAGACAACAUAGUUGCCUGUCUCGGGGACGCGGAGAUCCGGGGAGUGUCGCGAGCAGCAAGGGAGGCCGUCUUCCUACGAGAGCUUGCGGAAAAAGACUUCGCCCUGGCCUGCGGUAAGCCGCGGCUCUGGGCAGAUUCCGCAGGUUGGAUCGGAGCCGCCAAGCGAAUAGGCCCAGGGUCUAAGCUCAGACACCUGGAAGUCGCGGAAUUUUAUGUCCAAGGCGCGCUCAGAGCCAAACUUCUCGAACUGAGAAAAGUUAAGGGAACCGAGAAUCCGGCAAACUUCGCUACCAAGCACGCGAAGACUGGACCGGAGGUGCGGCAAUCCCUGCCCUCCAUGGGCAUGGUGGACCUCGAUGCAGUCGCAGGGGCCACCGAGGCUCUGGCCCAAAAGGGCACGAUCAAGACCAUCCAGGCUAGCCCCUGGAAGAUGAGGCCGCCGACCAAGCUUGCGAGCUCGGCGCUCAUGGCCACAAUCGUGGCGCUGCAGGAGGCUGCCAAGCCCAAGAAGAACAAGAAGGAGGUGGACACGGCCGAGGCCCCCGUUCCCAAGAAGCCGAAGGCAGGAGCUGAGGUGGACUCGCAAGAGGUUGGAGACCCAGAGCCGGCACCGAAGCUGACUGCAGCUGCUCGACUGAAGAAGAGGGCAGAGGACCUCGUGCCAGACGAGGAGCCCAAAGCCGAAGAGGUGGCCCGGGACGGGCAGGAGCUCCAGGUGGCUGAGAAAAGGGACAAGAGGAAAACCAGGUUUUUCGAGGCCAACCUCAAGAAGCUGCCCGAGAGUGUUCAAAAGCUCUUUGCCUCCAAGGAGAACUUCCUUCGUGGACUCAGGGAUGGCGACAUUGAAGCCACGACUGAGAAUGGCAAGCAGAUGUUCAAGUUCCGGUCCCUGGAAGUGACGACUAGCACUGGUGUGAGGACCGAGACCGGUCACAAGAAGCUAGCAGAGUCCGCCCCAGAGGCCGAGAACCAGUUUCUUAGCUUCUGUGACAACUUUGACCCGGAGCUAGUCAGCGACUCUGUGCGGCCUGAGUCGCUGUCGCUGCGGGUGCCCGAGCCGCAGCCUCUCCAGACGGGAUCGAUCCCGAGCACCUUUGCACCCCCGGCAGUGCUUCCAGGACCUCUGGCGAUCUGCGACGGGGCCGUGGAUCUCCUGCCUGCAGACUCCAAGACCCUAGGCAAAGUGGAGGAUGCCUUGAACUGGAUUGGAUCUGCCAAGACGGCAACAAUCAAGUGGAAGAAGAUCCCGGACUCGGUGACUUACUGCCGCCUGAAACAGCAGCUUGACUGUCGGUGGGAGAGCCUGCUGCCAAUGCAGGCCCAGCUUGAGCACGUGAAGCUCAGCGGGAAGGCUUCCCAGACUGGCUUCAGAAACGUGAUGAAGCAAGUCGCCCAGACCCUUCUGCAAGUGCAGGAGCUGAUCAAAAGCAUUGCAGCGUUGAACUAG